AUGGAAGAUAAGGAAAUAGUAAAUAGUGAAAAUAAAGUUGAAGCUAUUAAAGAAGAAGAAAAUAUAAAGAAAGAAGAUGAAGUAACAAAAAAGUCAGGUGAAAAUACAGAAGAGAAUGACAUAUCAUUAGCAAAUAAUGUUUCAUUAGGAAAACAUUUAUUAAUAGGAAGUUCUCUUAAAAAAGGUAUCAGCGUUAGUGUUAGAGGAAGAACUGCGAAUAUGGGUAUGAAUGCAAAACAAGCUGGAUCGGCAUGGAAGAAAAAAGAAACAGAAAAUGUUGAAGAAGAAGGAGAAGAAAAAGAAAAAAAGAUUGAUGAUGAAUCCUUCCCUGAUUUAUUAGAAUCUACUGAAAAAAUGAAAUCAGAAUUAUCAAAAGAGAAAGAUAAAAAAAAGAAACAAUCGAAAGAUGGUAAGAAAAUUGAAGAGAAUGCUAAUGUUUUUAAUUCUGGUUUUGAUAGAGGUGGAAAAGUUAUGGAUGGAAAUUCACCCGAAUUUAAUGAUAAAAAAAAAUAUAAUAUGUAUGAUGGAAAUAAGAAAAAUGAUAAUGCGUUUAAUAAGAAAUGGUAUAACAAUCAACAAAAUGAUAUGAAUAAUAUGAAUAAUAUGAAUAAUAUGAAUAAUAAUAACAAUAAUAAUAACAAUAAUAAUAACAAUAAUAACAAUAAUAAUAAUAAUAAUAAUAAUAAUAAUAAUAAUGGACCUACUUUUGAUUCAAAUGAAAAUGAAGAAGUAACAGGUUAUAUAUUACCAGGAUUUAAAGGAAAACAUAUGGUUGGAUUUACAUGUUUUUUAAAAAGAGGUACACAAAAUCCUAUGCCAGCCCCACCAUCAUCUGCAACAAAUAAUCAAGGUGACAAUAAUAUAUCUACAGAUAAUAGAAAUAAUGAAAAUAAAAAAAUGAUGAAUACAAAUAUGAAAAUGAAUCAACAAGUAGAUAACAAUAAUAAUAAUAAUAAUAAUAAUAAUAUGGUUAGUGGAAUGAAUACACCUAUGAAUAAUAUGAAUAAAGGAGGUCCAAGAAAUAAUUUCAAUAAUUCUGCAAAUGUGAGGGAACAUAGUAAUCAUACUGCAAAUAGAUUUGCAUCAAUGGGUCAAUAUGGAAACAACAAAAAUAAUAAUAUGAAUAAUGUGAAUAAUGUGAAUAAUAAUAUGAACAAUAUGAACAAUAAUAUGAACAAUAUGAACAAUAAUAUGAACAAUAUGAACAAUAAUAUGAACAACAAUAUGAACAAUAUGAACAAUAAUAAUAAUAACAAAUAUAAUGAAAAUAACAUUUUAUAUAAAGGCACAAACUACAAUAGAAAUGUCAAAAAUCUCGGACAAAAUAAUAACGAAGGUAAUACAAAUAUGAAACAUGGAAAUAAUAAUAAUAAUAGAGGACAUAGUAAUAAUAAUAAUAAUUUUAAUAGAAGAAAUGAUAAAAAUGAUAAUAGGAAUUUUAGAAGGAAAGAUAUAGAUUUAGAAAUAAACUGGAGGAAUACAACUAACACAACACAAGAUGAAAACAACAAUAAUUACAAUAACAAUAAUAAUAAUAAUAAUAAUAAUAAUAAUAAUAAUAAUAACAAUAAUCAUAAUAAUAAUCAUCAUGGAAAAAAUUUUAGAAAUUUUAAUAAUCUCAAUAAUAUGAAAAAUAAUAAUUCAUCAAAUAACAAAAUGAUGGGAAUGAACCACAUGCAACAAAAAGGUAUGCAUUCAUCUCAAGGAGGUCAUAAAUAUUCUUUUAAUAAAAAUGAUGAUCAAAAAAAUAAUAACAAAAUGUUUAAAAAUAAUAACAACAAUAAUAAUAAUAAUAAUAAUAACAAUAAUAAUAAUAAUGGAAAUAAUAAUUUUAAUAAUAAUACUAAUUUUCAUAUGAACAAUAAUAAACCUAUAAAUUCUAUGGAUGUAAAAAAAACACGUAUGAAGGAUAUGAGAACUUUAAAUGACCCUCCAAAGGUUAAUGAUAAUGAAGCAUAA